AUGGCUGAGCCUCAGAGCUGGAAUAAUCCCACGAUCGUCCCCGCCGACGGAGCUGGCCGCCCAAGCAUUGCAAAAUAUCCUCAUUCUAGGAAGUUUCGCCCGGGGGAUUCCGUGCAAGUGAAUAUCCGCAAUCCGGACGGCUCGACUACCGCUCACGGCGAGUACAUGGUCGAGAGGGUCACUGCCUCUGGAACCUACACGCUAUGUGCUGAGGAUGGUGACCCAUGUCAGAUAAAUGGUCGAAAAGACUUCACCGAGAUGGAGCUGACACUUGUCGAUUGA